GCAUUUCGUUCCAUCAGAAACAAGAAGAAGAAGAAGAAAAGGAAAAAACAGAAGCUCUCUGGCUCUGUAGAGUUUUGGCCUUCGUCUCUGAGGCCUUUACGAUUUUUCUUCUGCUGUGUUUGUUUCUGGAAUUGAAAUAGCAAAUUCAGGCAAGGAUUUGUAGAGCUUGACUGUGUGUAAUGUCAAGGAUCUAAUUCGAAGCUUCGUCUCUGUGUUCUUGUUCAGAGAAAACGUAGAAGCUCGCAAAGAUACAUUUCAGGAGUUUCGGAACGUGUUCGAAGUGGAAUCGGUUUCGAUUUACUCUGAUAAUUUUGAAAUCUGAUCUCAAUUGACUGGAGGUGGUUGAGAAUUUUCAGCUUAGAGGCACAUUUUCAAGAGAUUUCAGCGGUUUCGUCAAGAAUCCGUACUGAAUCAACCUUCGCUGAUUGAUGAGUGUCAGGGGCGUUAGGCUCUGAAUCGGAAUCAUCUGGUUGUUUUUUGGCUUUAGAUUUGCAUUCUGCAUAGUUCUGGUGCACCAGCCGAGCAAGAUUUUCGAAAGGAAGAAGUUUGUUCUGCAAGUUUAAUCAUAGUUUAUACAGGUGUACAAAAGGGAGAUGGAAAGAGACUGUGUGAGGCACCCCAAUAUUAACGACUCCAAGAAUUCUAGAGACAGAAGCGGAGGGGAUAGCUCACUGCUGUUGAGAUCCAGUCCUGAUAAAACGACGACGUCCGAGUUCGUUUUGCAGUGGGGUAAUCGCAAGCGUCUCCGGUGCAUGAAGAUCCAGGUCAAGGACGACUCCAGCGGUCUCCCGGUUACCCGAACCACUGUUCGGGUCGACCGCCGGGUCAUUCGAUCCGACAAAGACUCGUCUAAUCAUCCCUCUAAUAGUAACGGGUAUUUGAACCUGCGUCAGAGGCCGUUGUCGCCGCAACAACCGCCGCUUCAGCGCGUUCUCAGAAACUCUGAGACUUCAAGUGCAUCAGCCAUGAGAGCCCAUCAGAGCAACGGCGGAGCUGCCAGGGGGAUUGUAUCGCCUGACAGGGGCGGUGGUGCGCACGAUAAGAAAGGUACAGCUAACAACCACAACCAUCACAAUCACCAUAAUGACAAUCAUCACAACAACCACAAGUCCGCCGCGUCUUCCGAGACGGCGCACGAUAGCAAGAAAGGCGGCUCGUCUUCCGGGAGCGGCGACGCGGCUGCACCGCCCAUGGUGUGGCCGCCCAAGUUCGUGAUUGCCUUGACCAACAAAGAAAAGGAAGAGGAUUUCAUGGCCAUUAAGGGAUCCAAGCUCCCUCAGCGACCCAAAAAGAGAGCAAAGUUCAUCCAACGCACCCUCAAUCUGGUAAGCCCGGGCGCAUGGCUGUGUGAUCUGACCCUAGAACGGUACGAGGUCAGAGAGAAGAAGAUUUCCAAGAAGAGACCGAGAGGAUUGAAGGCGAUGGGCACUAUGGUGGAGUCGGACUCGGAAUAGAGGCGGCUGUUAGCAAAAGAAGAGUGUGAAGAGUGUUAUAGUGUAUUAUAGGAUUGUCUUGAUGACGGCAAAAAGAUCUUCUCUCUGAUCUGAUGAAUCUAGUUUUGUUUAGGGUUUAUAUGGUCAAGAAAUUGUAGAAGUGUGUAAAUCUUUACCUUUCAAUCCAUAAUAAUAAUGAACGGAUUCAUUUCGGGUCGUG